AUGGAACUGCUUCUUUUUGGUGUCUGGACCCUGCUAGUUUUGAUCCCUUGUCCAGGGACCACAAAGGAGACAUUUGAAGUUUCUGUUUGGCCCAAUCAGGCCCUGGUAGAGUCUGGACAGUCUCUCAUGGUCAACUGCAGCACCACCUGCCCAGACCCAGGGCCCAGUGGAAUUGAGACCUUCUUAAAGAAAACCCAGGUGGGCAAAGGACCUCAGUGGAGGGAGUUUGUCCUGGAGGACGUCACAGAGAACUCUGUGCUGCAUUGCUUCUUCUCUUGUUCAGGCAUCCAGAAGGACACACGUCUUGACAUCACUGUGUAUCAGCCACCAGAGCAGGUGAUCCUGGAGCUGCAGCCUGCAUGGGUAGCCAUGGGUGAAGCUUUUACAGUGAGGUGCUAUGUGCCCAGUGUGGCACCCCUGGAGAGCCUCACGCUGACUGUUCUUCAGGGUGACCAAGCACUGCACAGAAAGAGCUUUGUGAGCCUGACUGCAGCGCCCCCCAGAGCCGAGGUCGUCGUCACUGCCAGAGCCCAGCGGGAGAAUGACAGGAGCAAUUUCUCCUGCCGUGCAGAACUGGACUUGAGCUCACACGGUGGCGGCCUCUUUCAUGGCAGCUCAGCCAUCAAGGUUCUCCGGAUCUUUGAAUUCUCUCAGAGCCCCCAGAUUGGGGUCUCUUCACUUCUGGAGGUUGGAGUGGCAGAAACUGUGAGCUGUGAGGUGGCUAGAGUGUUUCCAGCCAAAGAAGUUGUGUUCCGCCUGUUCCUGGAGGACCAGGAGCUGAGCCCCUUCUUCUCUUGGAAGGGGGAUGCAGCGUGGGCCAGUGCCACCGCGCGGGCCGUGGAGGCUGGGGAGCAGGAGCUGUCCUGCUUGGUGUCUCUGGGUCCACUGGAGCAGAAGACAAGGAAGCUGGUGCAUGUGUAUAGCUUCCCCCCACCAGUUCUGGAGAUUGAAGACUCAUACCCUCUGGCAGGGACAGAUGUUAAUGUGACCUGCUCAGGUCAUGCACUGACAUCACCUAGUCCUACUCUUCGGCUUCAGGGAACCCCAAACUUUCUUGCUACUGGGGAACCUGCCUGGCUUCUGUUUACGGCCAGGGAAGAAGAUGAUGGCCGAAAUUUCUCCUGUGAGGCCUCUUUGGAGGUACAGGGUCAGCAGUUUGUCAAAACCACUGAGAUCCAGCUUCAUGUCUUAUACAAGCCAAGGUUCGAGGAAUCUGGUUGUCCUGGCAAGCAGACAUGGGUAGAAGGGAUGGAGCAGAUGCUUGCCUGUGUCCCAGAGGGAAACCCUGCCCCAGCUUUGGUGUGUACCUGGAAUGGGAUGAUCUUUGACCUUGACGUCCCUCUGAAGGCCACCCAGAGCCACAGGGGCACCUACUGCUGCACAGCCACUAACCAGCUGGGCUCCGUCAGCAAAGACAUUGCUGUCACUGUUGAAGGACCAUAUGAAGGAAUCAGCUCCUCCACCAUCUUCACCAUCACUAUCUUUGUCCUCGGAAUAAGUCUGCUCACCAUUGUGCUGUAUUUGAACUACUGGCCCUGCAAAAGAAACAGCCGGAGAUUGUCCUAUGGGGAGAAAGAGCUGAACAAAGAGGAGGAAAGCCAGUUUGCUGACCAGCAAGCAGAAAAGUACAGCCCCAUAAUUAUUGACUAG